AGGCCCGGCACGGAGAGCUCCCCGAGACCUUGCUACGGGACUUCUUACAUGCUUACCUUGUCCUAGCCCAGCAGAACCAAGAUGCUCGUCCCGGCCGGGGCUGACUCGCCUCGCACGGCUCUUCCCAGUGUAUUCCAUGUCGGCACCCUUGGUAGUAGACGGUGCACAUGUUCUUCUUCCCUGUCACUUGCUUGGUUCAGUUUGUCUCCCUCUUCUUCGGUCAGGCUGUCUCGUUUCGUUUAGCGUGGGGGUAUGUCGAGAGUGGUCUCGCUCCUGAGUGUCUGUCUUGUGACUUGUUGUCGUUUAUCUUGUUGCUACUGUUGUUACUAGCGAUGUUUCCGAUUCCGAAAUUUGAAACAAGAAAGAUGCAUAACUCUAGGGAGUCAAAGACCGGGAUUGUUCCGGCUCAGUAAUUAUGUAAGUAGGUCAAGACUAAGACAGGGUGCAUAGCCCCGAACUAAUUGUCUUGUCAAAGACGGGAUUAUGUUUCUAAAAAAAAGAAGACGUCUUUGUGACACUCGGGGUCGCAUUAUUUUUGGGAAGCAGUCGCUUUGAUCAGGGCCAUCUAGUUAUUGCCAGUCCUGAUAAACGUCAC